CGACUUGAUAAAAAAAAUUACAGCUAACAUCUCGUGUCGUGUGUGCGAGCUACCUUCUAUCCUCUGCUGUCUUGCUGCACCUGAGGCUGAAACACCGUUUUAGCAAUAAAAAAAAGUAUAAACCAUACACAGAGAAAAGAGUGAGAGAUUUACUGAAUCUGUGUUCAUUGUUGCUAAGAACUGAAGGGCAGAAAAAACUAAAAAAUGGCAAUGCCUGGGUAUCUUUUUAGGUUCUCUACAAAUGCAGCAUUAAUGAGUUCCAAUCUCCCUUUUGGAAGCUCCAUUUCUUCAUCCUCCAAGGUAGGAUUUAAGGGUCACACUUGUUUAGGAUCUACUAGCUGGUCCUGCAGUGACACCAAGUGUUAUCGCAACCAGUCUUUUGGGAUUACUGGGCAGAAUGAGCUCAUUACUGAAUCUGUAAGGCAAGAGGCUGAGGGCUUUCUCCUCAAUGCUAUGAACAUGAGCUUCUUUGAGCGUCUAAAUUUGGCAUGGAAGAUAUUGUUCCCAUCUUUUGCAACAAGAAGCAAGUCAAAUGCAAACAUUGCCAAGCAACGGUUGAAGAUGAUUCUCUUCUCUGAUAGAUGUGCAGUCACUGAUGAGGCAAAGCAGAAGAUUGUGAGUAACGUUAUGAAUACUCUAUCCGAUUUUGUGGAGAUAGACUCACAGGAUAAAGUCCAGCUUAGUGUCUCAACAGAUUCAGAUUUGGGGACCAUCUACUCUAUCACAGUUCCGGUCCGGCGUGUUAAGCCUGGGUAUCAUGAUGAGGAAGAUCUUGAGGCUAAUAUUCAGUACAAGGGCACUUGAGAAAGAUCUGGCUCUCUUGAUGUUUGGUGUUCUACAUUCCAGACGAGAAAUAUCAGUAAAAUCUAUUUGUUUGAUUUCUUCUUGCUAAUGUCACAAGUAGUGAUUUAAUCCUGUCUAUGCUAGGGUGGGAAACAGUGUUUUUGUAGAUAGACCAAUUUUGUUUGAUUAAUUUUUGGAUAUAA